AUGAGAUUCCGUCCACCUCAGACCACCGUCCGUCGCCGUCGACCAUCAUCAAAAAUUGCCGCUGCCGCGCGCCGACGCAGGAACCCAUCCCCGUCCACCCGCAUGCAGCUGCAAGCAACCGCUCGCAGCCGCACGCCGCCAGGCGCGAGCAACCGCUGCAGCCAUACGCCACCGUCUGACUUCCUCGCGCGCGCCUGUCUGCGCUCAUUCACAUUCCGCGUGCGUAGCCACCGCCCGAAAUCCACGCGCUCGUCUGCCUUGCCGUCCACGCCUGCACGCGCUAGUCCCUUGGACAUGGAUUGUCUGUGGUUUUCAGAGGCUCUUCUGCCAUCUGCAGAUGUGCUGAAGAAACCCAGCAAUGACUACUGGAAAAACUCCUCAGGAGAAGAAUCUCUCAAGCAAGGAGUGAAGGAACUCUCAAGCAAGGAGAGACGGUGGAUGAUGUUUCCAAACGCUAGAUUUUUGGAAGAAGACUAUGAAGAGGAAAAUUGUGAUCUUCAUAUAUUCGAGAGUAAGGGAGAUUCGUUUAAUCGCACCACCAAGAUUAGUCGAAGUAGGUGUUUGGAUAAUACAUUAGAAGGCUUUAAGAUUCCGGCCACCUCAGACCACCGUUCGCCUCUGGAAAUUGUCGCCGCCGGAAGCCAUCCGCGCCCACCCGCAGGCAGCCGCACGCCGCCAGGCGCACUUACAAGCUCCCAGCGACGCCUGCACGCAGUCCCCGUACGCGCGCGUAGCCACUUUCCAUGUUCCUCGCGUGCACCUGUCUGCGCCCGUUUGCCUUGCCGUCCAUGUCUGCGCGCGCUAGUCCGCCCAGGCAAAGGAAAACUACAGUGCAGCACCCGCACGCGCCUGAGCACCUCGCUGUCAACCCGCGCCCACAACACCCGUCCACCUGACUGCGACGCGCCCUGCCAACGAGCCGCACCACCUGUGUGCGACUGA